CUGCGGUAUAUGAUGGCAAUCGCCUCCUGUUCCCUUUUCGGUCCUUUCCGCCGGUCAUCACAUGGAGCUUACCUCCUUGUUGUGAUUCCCGUCCCUGCUCCUGGCUGUUCACGAUCUGGGGCAGAGGCACGUUUCCACCAGCUUUUGUCGCCUUUUCCCAAUUGUUGAUCGUGCAAGACGGCUCUCUGAAGCAUGGCACACAAUGGCCCCCAGAGCCUUUCGCCUUUCGACGACUCUGCGUACCAUGCGGAAAACCGACUCUUGUCGCCGUUUGAUGAUUCCGGGUACUCCCAUUAUCGUGAUGAUGGCCAGCCAAAUGGUCCUCCUGGAUCGCCCAUCCAAGCCCCAAUGCCUAUUUGGCAUCCGCAUUUCGACCGUAUCAUGCCUCGCCCCCAUCGUGCACGAUCAAACUCUCUCGCCACCACCAGCACCAGUACACUCACUCGAGGCUCCUUCGAUCGCUAUGCUAUGAGCAACACACCUAGUGUCUUAGGCAAGCGAUUGUUCGACAAUUCGGAUCGGGAGCAGACGGCAAGGAAGAUACAGCGGUACGAUGAAGAACCCAAUACAUUUGCUGCGCCCUUCAGUCGACUGGCGGCUCCCAUUCCUUCGUACACGUCUCCUCGAGAUUAUUCCACUAUCUCCGCAGGCCAGGUUCGACACGGCCGAAGCUACAGAGAUGUCUACAAUUCUGUCGAAAGUUAUCAAGCAUGCAGCCCCCCGAGCCCUACCGGAUUCAGCAUUUCCGCCCCAACGAAUAGCACUGACUUCGGUGAUCAUGAUGGACCACCGUUUCCUAGAAACCAGUCCGCACACGGAAGAAGUCACAGUGAUCCAGCGGCACACCUGGAUGGAGGACAGGCUACAUUUUCCGGUUAUCCACGUGGACCAGGGGAGUAUAGCAGCAAUAUUGUUGCCAGCAGACCACCGGCUCCAUUCUCCGGCCCCUCUACUCUUCCGAGUCCUACUGGAUUCAGCAUUGAUAUGCCGGCUUCAGUACCUCGCAACCAGCUUCACCAUCAAGGAGGCACCGGGCCAUCUUUGACUCCAACCACUUCGCGACACAAUCAGUUCGAUAACUUGGCUACGCCGCCAGAAACGGCACGCACACGCGAUGGCCGAUUCCAUAGCGUUCUAGACGGAGAGCCACAUGAUGAUGUCAACGCCGAAGGCGAGGAUGCGGAUGUGGGCCUUGAUAAUGCCGGAGGAGACGAGCGAUUUCAAGUCAACACCAUUUUGGACCAGCUUGUUGGCUUGGUCCGCAUGCCGCCAACCGAGAUCGAACAGGUUCAAGUCCGUGCUGGUCAACUUUACGGCAUGACCGAUUUUGCCGCCGAUGCUGCUACAAUCCGCGCCCUUGAGAAGCUGCUUAAGUCUUGGCGUGGUCCACCUAAGCCGCCCAACUCCGACUAUUUCUACAAGCGCAUGCUCAAACUCAAGCCCAACAGCCUGCCCAAGCUCGACGCCUUCACCAAAUCCCUCAUCGCCAACCCUACCCUCGACACCCUCCUCUCCAACCAGCUCGAUCUGAAUACCAACAUUCCCAUCAACAGCAAGACGUCCGUCGAUCUCGCUAACGCUGCCUACCUCAACACGGUGGUCACCCUUAUCAGCAAGACUGACACGCUUGACUGCCAGGCCAGCAUCGUCCGCAUGCUGCUCUGCCUCUUUCUGUACAUCGCGCAGCAUCCCAAUCCCGCUGAGUGGGUCAGCGAGGCGCGGCUCCGCAUGGCAACGGUCGACGAGCGCGUCGGUGAGCAUCUGUGGGAUAAGUACAUGGUGCUCCUCAAAGACCACAAGAAGCGAACCAAGUCUGCGGUGAGCAUCAUGCCGAAGACAAAGUUCCUCGACCAGGUCAAGACCACGGUGGACCAUGGCUCCAAGUACGCCUUCAUCGCGCGCCACACGUCGCUGGGCACGCUCGUCUACCUACUACUCGACGGCGCUGUGGCACCGCACAAGUUGAAGCAGUGCUCCAAGGGUGGCGAGGCGUCGGGCGCGUCGAAGGACGCCUUUCGCCAUUUGAAGAAGAGUGGCGUUGUGGACAAGGCGGAAAAGCUGAAUCGUGCACUGCAUGGCUUGCUGUGGGAGUUGGUGGGCAAGUUUAAUGAGACAACGACCAUAGAGGAGGUUGCGGCAGAGGUGGGGGUUGAGGAGGGAGGAUGGGUCAAGUUUCCGGGAUUGGGAUGAAGAGUGGCGGGAUGGUGAUAAUGUACGCUGAUGAUGGAUGCUGAUGAUGGACGACGUUGAUGGACGCUGAUGAUGGACGACAUCCAUGGACGACUCAUGAUAGA